AUGUCCAUCGCCCGACGAUCGCCGUCGCCGACAUCGCCGCCCUACUCCGGCCUCCUCGGCGCCCUCCACUGCAGCGUAUCAGGAGGCCAAGCCGCCGCCGCCGUCUCCCUCCUGCCCACCCUCUCCCGCGCCGGCCUGCGCCCGCCCUUCCCGCUCCUCUGCUCGCUCGCCCGCCUCCUCCUGCUCCGCCGCGCCGCACCGUCCUUCCCCACAUUGGCCGGCCGCCUUCUCCUCUACAUCCGCCUCGCCGGCCUCAAGCAUCUCGUCGCUUCUUCCACCCCGCUCGCCAACCAGCUCCUGUCUCUGCAUCUACUCCUCGGCCGCCCGCGCGACGCCCGUCGCCUGUUCGCUAGAAUGCCCCAACCCACCGUCUACUCCUACAACGCCAUGCUCACUGGGUACGCCCACCUCGCCCUCGCGGCCCCGGCGGCGAACCUCUUCGCUGCCAUGCCACACCGUGAUCUCACCUCCUAUAAUGCUGCUAUGCUCGCGCUCGCAAGCGGUGGUGAGAUGCGGGAAGGUGUGGCGCUGUACUCGGAGCUCAGGCACACGUCUCCUCCCCUUGGAUACAACCAUCAGACCUUCUCGGCCCUCCUUGUGGCGUGCGCUAGUCUCAUGGACGGGGAGCUUGCCAGGCAGCUCCAUGCCCAUUUGUCUCUUCUCGGGUUCUUGUCUGAUAUCAACAUCUCCAGUGCCCUUAUUGAUGUGUACAGGAAAUGCGGCCGCAUUACUGAUGCUCAUAGUCUGUUCAACGAGGUGCCUGCAAAGGACAUGCGCAUGUGGACGUCAGUAGUUUGCGGCUAUGCAGAGGAUGGCCAGUUGACUGCUGCUCGCCGGCUCUUUGAUCAGAUGCAAGAAAAGAGUAUCCUUUCAUGGAAUGCUCUCAUGGAGGGAUAUGUUCGUCAUGGACAGGCAGUAGAAGCGUUGAAUAUUUUUCAGCAAUUGAUCAAAGAUGGUUUUCAUCCAGAUCAGCUCACCUUCAGUAGCGCAUUGUCUGCUUGUGCAGCUAUUGGUUCAAUCACACGUGGUAAGCAGAUCCACGGCAGGUUGCUACAAACUGGUUUUGAUCCAAACGUGAUUAUUCCGAGCUCACUCAUUGAGAUGUACUCAAAAUGUGGCUAUUUAGCUGGUGCUAGGCAGAUUUUCGAUCUAACAUGUCAGGACCGGAGGGAUAUUGCGUUGUGGAAUGCCAUGUUAUCUGCACUAUGCCAUCAUGGGCUUGGACAGGAGGCAGUAGGAUUGUUUGUUCAGAUGAUCCGGGAGAAACUGAAACCUGAUGCUAUCUCAUUCUUGCUAGUUUUGACAGUUUGUAGCCAUUGCGGCCUGGUUGAUGAAGGCAUGAAUUUCUUUGAGUUGAUGAUUAAGAGAUACAGGAUUGUUCCAGGAGAAGACCAUCAUGCAUGUAUGGUGGAUUUGAUCAGCCGUUCAUCCCGUUCAUGUGAUGAAGUAGUCGAUUGGAUCAGAAGUUCUCCAUUUGGCUGUAGCAAACAAGCUUUGGAAACUUUGGUUGGGAAAUGCGCGAUAAACGGGAACACAGAGUUGAUGAGUAAGAUAGAGGAACACCUGGCUGAAUUGGACAGUCCAAAAUAA